GCCUGGAUUGAGACUGCUGGUAACAUAGUACCUGUAGCUAAGAGUGGUGAACAGCUGGCUAUGUCGGAGAUUCGGGCCUUCGAAGAAAACCGACUUAAUAUGCUGAUCCGUAUCAAAGAUGUCAGUCAACCCCCAGUUGGCAAGAUCGCUUUUAUGCUUGAGCCUAGAACUACAGUCCAAGCUGCCGGGCAAGUCUAUUCUACUCGUAGUAUUUACAAAUCCUAA